GCCAUUUUGCCCGAGCCGGCGACACGAUUUCGCGGUGCGGUUAGAUAUAAUUCUAAAUUUUUGUAAUCGGAAUUUAUGUUCUACUUAACGUAUAUACUUUUAUUUCCUACGUUAUAAUAUAUUCGUUAGUUGUAUUAAGACGUUGCAAACAUCGAGGUUCACCGCGGGCAUCAGUGAAAUAAUCCUCACCCAUCGUCCACGAUGUCCGUCGACAAGGAGGAACUGGUGCAACGCGCCAAGCUGGCGGAGCAGGCUGAACGAUAUGACGACAUGGCGGCCGCGAUGAAAGAAGUCACGGAAACCGGCGUCGAGCUGAGCAACGAGGAAAGGAACCUUCUUUCCGUUGCUUACAAAAACGUGGUGGGCGCUCGGCGGUCGUCAUGGCGCGUCAUCUCCUCCAUUGAACAGAAAACCGAAGGAUCGGAAAGAAAACAACAGAUGGCAAAAGAAUAUAGGGUUAAAGUAGAAAAGGAGCUGAGAGAAAUCUGCUACGAUGUCUUGGGUUUACUUGACAAGCACCUUAUUCCUAAAGCUAGUAAUCCAGAAAGUAAAGUAUUUUACCUUAAAAUGAAGGGUGACUACUAUAGGUACCUCGCAGAAGUGGCCACAGGAGAAACCAGAAAUUCUGUUGUAGAGGAUUCACAGAAAGCGUACCAAGACGCUUUCGAGAUCAGCAAGGCGAAAAUGCAGCCCACACACCCAAUCAGGCUGGGUCUGGCGUUAAAUUUCUCCGUCUUCUAUUAUGAGAUAUUAAAUUCACCAGACAAAGCGUGUCAGCUCGCCAAACAGGCUUUCGAUGACGCGAUCGCCGAAUUAGACACACUGAACGAAGACUCGUACAAAGACUCUACACUUAUCAUGCAGCUGCUGCGAGACAACCUGACGCUCUGGACGUCAGACACGCAGGGCGAUGGCGAUGAGCCCGCCGAGGGUGGCGACAACUAAUCUCGCGCCGCGCUCACCCCCAGCACACGCAUUUGUUCUCAUUGGUGUUUUAUAAGAAAACGAGUAACAUUCGAGAACGCCGCGCGGCGCGGGUCCUCCGCCGCUGAUGCGAGCCGUCGCUUGUAAAAAAAUGUUAAAAAUGUCGUUCGCAGCGGACCUUCACGUUCCGUCUAAAAUUAAAUGUUAUGUGUCAUCUUUGACGGUUUUGUAUUUCUGUAUUUACACUGGAUUACAGAUAUCGAGCUGACCCGAUGAAUAUAAAUAUUUAUAACUUAAGUUAUUAAAAUUACGGUUUCUUAAGUUAAAAGUGUUUUCCUUUCUUAAUAGACUAAAAGUUAACAGCCAGGUCGGCCCCAAAUUAACAUUCCUUUCGCCGCAUGUCCGCAGUGAAAUGGAGAUCAUGAUGGUGAAUUGUUUUAAAAAUUAUGCUAUUCGUUAUUUUGAAUUUGUUGAAAUGCGCCAAAAUCGAUCCAUUGAAAUUUAGAUUUUCAUAAAUAUAAAUAAAUCCACCUGUAUAAUGGCUGUAUCAAAUUAGGGCACAAAAAACUUGUUAGUGUCUUUGUGGUUUUGUGAUGUCCUCUCAUAUUUGUAAUUUUACCAAAGGAAGUGUAUUGAUAUUGACAUUAACCAUUUUAUUGUGCCCAUCACUGAUUAAUAAUAGCAUUCUGAAUUUUCAGGCAUUUAUUAGCAAAAUAGUUUGUGAUGGCCAAUAUUGUAACAUUUCUGCUGCAUUUUAUCAGCCAUUAAUCUAUUAUAUUUUUCAUGUUUUCACCAAUAAACUUUUGUAUUAAAUACAA